AUGGAGGGACUAUCCAAAAUCGAGAGGGAAGGCGACGUGGGGCCGCCCGGCGCAGACGACGACUUCCAGGAGACCAGCUCAGUGCCGACCAUUGAAGAGGAGAAGAUGGAGCGAACACUCAUUCGCAAGAUCGAUUUGCAUAUCCUCCCGUUUGUGGUACUCCUGUACCUGUUCAGCUUUCUCGACCGAGUGAACAUUGGAAACGCCCGUUUGUACGGGCUUGAAGAGGACAUUGGACUAGUCGGUGAUCAAUACCAGGUCGCCGUCUCCAUUCUCUUCGUCACCUACUGUCUCUUCGAGGUCCCCUCAAACCUGGUCAUCAAGAAAUUGAGACCAUCGCGAUACAUCGCCGCCAUCUCUGUGAUAUGGGGCAUCAUCGCAACGCUCACGGGCAUCGUCCAGAGCUACGGCGGCCUCAUCGCCUGCCGAAUUCUGCUCGGCGUCGUCGAAGCCGGUCUGUUCCCAGGCUUCAUGACCUACCUCACCCUAUUCUACAGCAAGCGCGAAAUCGCCCUGAGAACGGGGUAUCUCUUCAGUAGUGCUGCGAUUGCAGGUGCCUUCGGCGGACUCCUCGCCUACGGUAUCGGAUUCAUGGAUGGCAUUAGCGGCCUGCGCGGUUGGCGAUGGAUCAUGAUCCUGGAAGGUAUUCCAACCGUGAUUCUGGGCCUGGUGACUUGGUUCUACCUCGCGGAUGACCCCGAUACCGCGUACUACCUUAAUGAAGACGAGCGUGCACUUGUCGUUCGUCUUCGGGGCCGGUACGUUGGGCAAACGGCAUCUGCGCAAAAGUUCCAUUGGGCGGAUGUGAAAGAGGGCGCUCUCGAUUGGAAGAUUUAUGCCUUUUGCGUCGGCCAAUUUGGCGUCGACACCAUGCUUUACGGGUACAGCACCUUUCUUCCGACUAUCAUCGAGGGAAUGGGCAAUUGGUCUGUCCCGCAAGUCCAGGCAUUGACUAUCCCUUGCUACGGACUCGGCGCGAUUGUUUAUCUCAUAGUGGCAUGGAUAAGUGAUCGGACACAGCACCGCGCACUGUUUGUCUGUAUCUUCAGUGCCAUCUCGGUCGUCGGAUACGGAAUCAUGAUCUCGGACUCUUCGUCCGGAGUACACUACCUUGGUGCUCUCAUGGUUGCCCUGGGACUGUACGUCGCUGUCGGUCUACCGCUAGCCUGGCUACCUACGAACCUCCCCCGAUACGGCAAACGUACGUUUGCGACGGGCCUACAGCUCACGUUCGGCAACGUCAGCGGUGUCAUGUCUCCUUUCUUGUACAAAACCUCCGAGGCACCGCGGUACGUUCGCGGUAAUGCAGUCACACUUGGCUUGGUCGGCUUUGCGGGUACCCUAUACGGUGCCAUGUGGUUUGCUCUUCGCGAGAUUAACAAGCGCCGGGCGCGCGGUCUCGAGGACGAGAAGAUUGCUUCUAUGUCAGAGGCGGAAAUUCAAGAGCUUGGUGACCGGAACCCUCGAUUCUUGUAUAGCACUUGA